AUGGCAUCCGAAGACCCUGCAAUCCGUAACCGUAAACCGCUAUCUACCGAUACCGCCGCUGACACGCCUGGCGUUGGAAACUCUACCAAGCGAAAGAUUAAGUCUGAGGUCCAAAGCGGAAUCUCAUUCCUCGAUGUCCUUCGCGUUAUCUCUGGAAUUAUAGUGCUUAGCAGUGUCAUGAGUUGGUUCGUGACCGACGGUGAGAGCUUCACAUGGGGUUAUAAGCCAGCUGCUUUGAGAUGGAACAAUGUCAAGAUGAUGUUUCGCACUCCCCUAAAUCUCACCGAUGCCGAGCUCGCGCGUUAUGAUGGCAAAGACCCCAAACUCCCAAUCUACGUUGCUGUCAACGGAAGCGUCUUCGAUGUCACCGCGAACCCGGCUACCUAUGGCCCUGGCGGCGGGUACCAUUUUUUCUCUGGACGUGACGCGGCACGCGCUUUCGUCUCCGGCUGUUUCCGCGAGGAUUUGACUUGGGAUAUGCGUGGACUCGAGGAAAUGUACAUCAAGGGUGCUGAGCUCGAGACCGACCUGGCUGAGAAGGCUGAAAUCGAAAGGCUCGAGACGGAUGGCUCCAUGGCAGGCAGGUUGUCAAGUCGAUUGCCCAUUGGGAUCAGUUCUUUAGGAACCACGACAAGUAUUUCUAUGUUGGAAUCGUCACACACCCAGAUAUAA